AUGAAGUUCCAUUUCAAAAAGGAUUCUCAACAGUUGUUCACAAUCUUAUCAAAGCAUUGGGUAAAUCUUGUGAUAAAUAUUCAUUUCUUCCUAAAAUCAAGUCAUCAGAACCUCUUCCAAAAAAACUCGAAUAUGAUAGCUGUCUUAUUAUGAAUCAGCUUGAUAAAUAUUAUUUUUGUAUACCUAGACCACUUGAAAUACAGGCUGAAAACUAA